GGUCGAGUGCGCAUUCAAGUUUGAAACAGCGCGCGAAGCAGAUCGCUUUGCGGUUACGGUCGUGUGCGUGCAGAAUCUUAAGACAAGCACUGUUAGUGGAGUUGAGAGUUAUGUCAAAGGAUGGUUAUAGACUCGGCCGGUUGGGGGUGUUGGCGCCGGCUGCUCUCUCCGUCUGCAUGGAUGCGUCUGUGCUGGCGGUUCCAGCCGCUGGUGCUAUCGUCUCCACAGUCCUGAAGGAGCUCAGCAAAGCUUUCAUGCUUAAGAAAUGGUUCCACGGAAGCAUGUCAGCGAAGGAAGCGGAACACCUGAUGAUGGAAAAAGGAAGGAAUGGCUCUUUCCUGGUGCGCGAAUCUCUGACGCAUCCCGGAGAAUACGUGCUUUCAGUGCGGGUACGAGGACGAGUCAGCCACGUAAUGAUAAGAAAACAGCAAGGCAAGUACGACGUUGGCAGUGGCGAGCAGUUCGACGACCUGGUAGGGUUGAUCGAGCACUUCCGAGCGUACCCUAUGAUAGAGACAUCGGGAGACGUUUUGCGCCUGCUGCAACCAGUCAGUGGCACUUGCCUGAGAGCCCACGACAUUGACAAGAAAGUUCAGGCAAUGGAUGAAUUGAAAAAGGCAGAUUGUGACAGUGGAUUCGAGGGAGAAUUUCAGGCGCUGAAGGUACUUGAAGCCAUUCACGUUUUCUCAACAAACGAAGGGCAAAAGUUGGAGAACAUUCAGAAAAACAGAUACCGAAAUGUAUUGCCUUACGACCAGACACGUGUAGUUUUGCGCAAGCGCUGUGACCGCAGUGAAUCGGACUAUAUUAAUGCUAAUUAUAUCCGAUCAUCACGUCUUGGAGACUCCUCGAGUUCAGUACAAUCGUCUAAUGAAAGCCUAAACAGUGUCAAUUCCCUAAUACUCAGGAGUGACACAAAGAAGACAGUGCCUCUGGUCACGAAAUCCUUAUCAGAUGACGCACUGCGAGAGGUCAAACGCGGCAUUAAAUUGGACAAAAUUAAUGGCGUUUGUUGUCGUUAUUUGGUAAAAGAUAAAGUAUACAUAGCAACGCAGGGUUGUCUCACUAACACGAAAGAUGAUUUCUGGAGGAUGCUCUGGCAAGAGGAUGUCAGAGUCAUUGUUAUGAUCACUAAUGAGGUCGAGAAAGGCAAGAAAAAAUGCGAGCGUUACUGGCCCCUGACAUGGCAAGAGGAACGUUACGACGAUUUGACAGUUAAAUCAAUAUCAGAGACUUGUUAUGAGGAUUAUCUCCUCAGAGAGUUCGAUGUGUCUGACAAGCACACCUGUAGGACCAUUUAUCAAUUCCAAUUUACGGGUUGGGCUGACCACGGCAAACCUCAAGAGCCCGAAGGAGUUUUAGCGUUUAUGGAAGAUAUUAAUAGAAAACUGUAUCGGAUUUCACAAGAAAAAGACGCUCCAGAACAGAAUAUACUGUGCGUACACUGCUCUGCGGGGAUUGGCCGAACGGGGACUUUCAUAGUCCUAGACAUGCUGAUCGACAAAAUCAAACAAUCUGGUGUUAACUGUGAAAUAGACGUGCACAAUACUGUGAAGUUGGUGCGUUCGCAACGCACCGGCAUGGUACAGAACAAGGCUCAGUACCGGUUCAUAUACCUCGCCCUCCAGUGUUAUAUUGAUAAGAAAAAUAUCAAACUCGGCAAAAAGAUAUAUACCUCGGAGGCCUGAGAUACCUGAGCUGAUCCAAAAGAAAGUGAACCAAAGCGAAUAUUAUUUAAGUUUAAGAUUUAUAAUUAAUAAUUAUUGUUA